CUCGUCCUCCCCACCCCAUGAUGGCUUGAUCAGCAUGUUUUGAAUUGUCGUCAUCUCCCUCUCCAUCCUUUUCAUAUCUCUCCGAUCCUUCAGAUCCCCGGGCUGCAAUCGAGUGGUCGCAAAAACGAUUGAAAGCUGCACCUGACCUCGACCAUUGCAACGUCCCUGUCCUCAAACUUCGAAUUCUAUCUUCUCUGCGCAGGACCAGCUCCCUGUCUCGUUAGUGCGACAAUGCAGCUCACAGAAGCGCAAGCGGAGGAGGUGAAGAACUGGGUGGUGAGAAAGCUGGAAGACAUAUCCGAUGCCGACGCCGAUGUCCUAGCUGAUUACGUAUUGGCCCUCAUUCGGACUGAUGCUCCGGAUGAGGAGAUUAGAAAGGCGUCCGAGGAGAAUUUGGAGGAUUUUUUGAGAGAACAUACUGCUCAGUUUGUGAAUGAGCUAUUUGCUACGUUCGCGCCCAAACAACAACCUCCGUCACAACCCCAGGCCCAGCCUGCUGAGAUCCCCAGCAUCGAAACGGCUCCUCAGCAGUCGAGUCAGUUUAACCCGCAGUCGGCGCCGUUCAAUCCGCAAUCAGCUCCGUUUAAUCCACCCUCGGGCCCUUCGAAGGGCGCUUAUGGGUCUCCAAUGGGCCAGUUCCCUCAGUCGCAAACCGACGCCCCCGGCUUCAACCGCAAGCGCAGUUUCCACGAAGGCUUUCAGACCGACCAAGAUCGGGAGGAUGUUCCUCAGCACCGGACUUUUAAGACUCCGCGUCGGGGUCGUGGCGGGGGCCGCGGAGAUUGGAUGGGUCGCGAUGGGCGUGGUCCUCCUGGUGUACCGGGGCAAUUCCCUCCUCCUGGACCGGGUGGAUUCCCUGUCAUGCCUCCCGCAUUCCCUCCCUUUGAUCAAAACGACCCCAUGGCCGCUAUGAUGGCGAUGCAAGGCAUGGGCUUCCCACAGAUGCCUGGGAUGCCUCCCAUGCCCAUGCCCCCCACCGGUGGACCUGGACAGCCUGAUCAAAUGCCGAAGACCUCCGAACGUUGUCCCUUUUACGAGACCCAGGGCAUCUGUUACCUCGGGGCAGCUUGCCCGUAUCAGCAUGACGCUAUCCCGGGCGCCUCCAAAGAAGACGAAUAUGAUCCUAAAGCAUCCACUAUCCUGCCGGACCUCCAGAGAGCGAAUGCAGGCUCUCCAUUCCGUGCAAGUGACCGAGGUCGCGGCCGCGGCCGGGGAGACAGAGGCGGGUUUGGAGGCCGAGGACGUCGGACGGAGUUCUCGUCGGCCGGUCCCAAUGACGAUACUUCGAUUACCACAAUUGUUGUCGAGCAAAUUCCCGACGACAAACUUGACGAGGCAACGAUACGCGAGUUCUUUUCUCAGUACGGUGAAAUCGUCGAGGUCACGAUACAGGCACAUCGGCGUCUUGCUUUGAUCACGUAUGAUAGCCAUGCAGCUGCUAAGCGGGCGUGGUCUAGUCCCAAGGUGAUCUUCGAUAACCGAUUCGUCAAGGUGUAUUGGCACAAGCCGAAGAACGAACGCCAUAAUGAGCAGCGACCAGCCCCAGGCGAUGCCAUGGAGGAUGCCCCAUCGUUCGAUCCCGAGGAGUUCGAGAAGCAACAGGAAGAGGCACAAAAGUCUCAUGAAGAGAAGAUGAAGAGGCGCAAGGAGACCGAAGACGCUCGGCAAGCUCUAGAGAAGCAGCGCGAGGAGCUCUUGAAGAAACAAGAGGAAGAGAAGGAGCGGCUUUUGCGGCGGCUGGGCGGUAACGGGGUCAGCAAUGGAGCUGAUUCUGGAAAUGGGGAGUCUCGAUCCCCGUCCCAAGAAAACUCGAGUGACCAGACCAAGCAGCUGCGGGCGCAAUUGGCCGCUCUGGAAGCCGAAGCGAAGACGCUCGGCAUUGAUCCCAACGGCUCGGAAGGUCCCUCGUUUGGCUACCGUGGUCGGGGCCGAGGAUUCGGACGAGGAGGUUUUGCUCCGCGAGGCCGGGGUGGAUACGAUCCUUCAUACCGUGGAGGCUUCCGCGGACGAGGCGGCAUGGCGCGUGGGCGCGGUGGUGUACUUCGUCUGGACAACCGACCGAAGAGGAUUGCCAUCUCCGGCGUUGACUUUGAUACCGAGAAGGACGAGGCGUUGAGGCAGUUCCUGAUCGGCGUCGGCGAAUACGAAUCCAUCGAGCCUCACUCCGAAGAACCCAACUCUCUCAUCGUCGCCUUCAAAGAGCGCUACAUCGCCGAGAAAUUCAUGCGCGGACCCUGGACAAUUCCCUCCGUUGGCGAGGUCCAGCUCGCCUGGGUGCCCAACCCCCCUAUCUCCCUUCCCGCCGCGUCCUCGGGUCUGGAAUCCGAUGCCAAAACGGCUUCCGACGAAGACACCGCCAUGGACAUGACGAGUUCGCUCCCGCCGCCCGAUCAAUCGGGGAAGCAGAGAGACGGGAACCCCGACGUUGAUUACGAUGUGGCCGAGGUGGAUGAUACCUGGGGCGAGGAAUAGACGGUGGAUUUUCAGACAGUUGGUUCGUUGAUAGCUUAGUCCAGCUCUUGUCUCUAGCUUAUCAUACCUACCUCUAUCUAUCUAGCAGUCUAUUUAGCUCAUCUAUGGCUUUCUGGCUGUCUUCUUUUCCAUAUGCUGUGACGAUAAUUGCGAGUAUAUAUACAUGAG